AUGGCCUCAGAAGAAGAAGAAGAGGAAACAAGCCGAGAAUCACCAUCAAGCCUCAACGAAGCCAUGCUUGAACAGAUCAAGAAGAUGAUGAUUGAGGAGUUUGAUCGGAGAGAAAAGAUUAAAGAAGGAAAGCGGAAGCAACCUAAGGAUCCGGUCACAUCUAAGAAGAAGCCGAUUGAGGAUCUUAGUGGUUACAUGAUGAUUCCGCCAUUCCAUGGGAACAAUGAUCCGGAUGUAUAUCUGGAUUGGGAGAGGAAGUGCGAGAUUACCUUCAACCGACAUAACAUAGCUGACAUCAACCGAGUCAAAUUAGCAGCUAUGGAGUUCAAGUAUUAUGCUCUAAGUUGGUGGAAACAGGUUGAGACGGCACGAGCUUAUAGUGGAGCUUAUGAGAUCUCUACUUGGGGAGAAAUGAAAAGGGUUAUGAGGCAGCGGUUCGUUCCCAAUCAUUAUCAGCGUGAACCUCAUUCCAAGCUAAGGAAGCACAUCAGGGAAAUCAUUCAGUUGAGGAGUACUAUAGUAGCCAUGGGAAACGAAACCCAAGCAGCCUGA